GAGCCUUGACGAGUGGACUAUCCUUCAAAGUUUUCUCCGUUCACCUUCUCGCGAGACUACGCAACACCGACGGGUCACAUAAAAUAUUGCAGGAAAGGCGCGGGAGAGAGAGUUAUGGCUUCUCGUGGCAAGAGAAAAUCUAAGGAGCAGCAGCAGCAGCAGCAGAAAUUGGAAGUUGCCAAUGUGGACGUCAAAAAGGGCCGACAGUGUGAUCCACCAGAUGUGGCUGCGGAACUCCGACAGCAGGUGGAGCGCCUGUAUCAGUUUGAAAUGCCUGCGGAUUUCUAUCACUUCUGGGUUUUUUGCAAAAAACUGAAUCCUCAGAAACCUUGUGAUGCACUGAAGUCUAGCCUAGGCAUCCAGCUGGUUGGUCCUUAUGACAUUUUAGCCGGAAAACACAAGUCUACAAAGAACGUUAAACCAAAUUAUUUUCUUCACUGGAGAUACUUCUAUGAUCCACCUGAAUUUCAAACAUUUGCAGUAGAAAAAAAUCCAACUCAGUUCCACUUAGGUUAUUACAGGGAUUCUCCGGAAGAACUUCCUGCUUUUGUUGGUUCAAAUGAAGCAAAAAAAGGCUGUUCUAUAUCCCAGAUGGGUGGCAACAUGUUUGUUGCAGUUAGAUUAUUGAUAUUGAAAAAACUUAAGGAAUGCACUGACAAAAAAAAAUCUGCUACCUUGCGCAAUCUAGACGAGGAAAUAGUGAAGACUGCUGAAAUGUUGGGGUGUUCGUUAGAACAAAAAUCCAGAGAAAUAAAGGAAAGGGAUAAAAAGGUUGUUUCCAAGACAUUUCACGGAGCAGGUAUAGUGGUUCCAGUAGAUGAAAACGGUGUUGGUUACAGAGAACUUUCUGAAUCAGAUGCUAGUCUUAAAAAGAUAUGUCGAGUUAUUGCUGAAGCACCAAAUGAUGAUGAAAGAAUUAAGGCAUUUGCCCCAAUUCAAGAAAUGAUCACUUAUGUUCAGUUUGCCAAUGAUGAAUGUGAUUAUGGAAUGGGCUUCGAAUUAGGAAUCGAUUUGUUCUGCUUUGGAUCAUAUUAUUUUCAUAAAGUUAUCGGGCAACUUCUUCCAUUGGCUUACAAUCUUCUCAAGAGAAAUCUGUUUGCAGAAAUUAUUGAAGCACAUUUAGCCAACCGGAAUCUAGAGAAUCUGGAUCAGCUCUCUGUAUGAAACAAGCAUCCUGUGUCAAAUUGUAUGUAUGUGUCAUUUGUUUAGUCUGUUUUUUUAUAUAAAUAAAAUAUUUUGAAAUAA